AUGAACCGGCUUGCCAGAUCAUUCACGGACAUUGACUUUAUGAGGAUGCUGAACAGUGCCCUGGUGGAAGAUCCCGUAUCCUUCAGCAACAACUCCUUCACGCAUGCAGAGACCUUCAUCUACAAAUACACCCGCUCCAGGCUGCACACAGUCCAAGACGAGGAACACAAGAGUUUUGUCCUGUGGCGUCACACCGGCCAGGCCCAGCUCAUGGCGGUGCAUUUACAAGGCCCCAAUAGCAGUGAAGCAGUGAAAUUAAACCUGGAUUUAUAUCGCUCACCGCACAUCUCCCCAAAACGCAUCAGUCCUGUUGCUAUGAACAUUGUGGAAAGCAACGCUGCGGAAAACAAUCUGUAUCUGUGCUGUGUGAAGGAUAAAGGCAGCCCUGUGCUGCAGCUGGAGAAGGUGAAGGGGCCUAUGAAAGACAUCAGGACCGGGGAUCAGGAGCGUUUCAUCUUUUUCAAGACCAGUUCUGGUUCCACUUGCAGCUUUGAAUCAGCUGCCCAUCCAGGCUGGUUCCUCGGCACCUCAAAACUGAACGACAAACCUGUCAGGAUGGUGAAUAGAACCGGAGAGCGGGACAUCACUGAUUUUUAUUUGGUUGAAAUCUAA